CUGUCGUGCUCGUUUCCUUUAAAAACGUGUCCUAUACUCUCUAACUUUUGCCGGCUACUCACUUUGCUCGACUUGAUUAUUUUUUCGCUCAUACAAUGACUUUAAAAAUCGGCGUAAAUUACCUUUUAAGUGUUGCCUCAUUGUUUAUUCGAGACAUGGUUAACAUGCCAUACUGGUAUUAAAGCGAUUGAUGUUGUUUCGUUGUCAAACACUGGUGAAAAAUGUCGUCUGUUGCUCCCAAAAGACGUGAAAAACGUACGACAGGCACGUAUGAACUUUGUUGUUUGCGAAUACACGAAUAAAGCAGCAGUAUUCCCUUUGCAGCUAUGAUACUCAAAGACACCGCGUGGUAGAGGUGUUCAGUAUCCGAGACUAAAGUGAAAUCGACACUCAAAGCAAAAGCGUGCGACAAACAAAAAAAUUAGCAAAGACGCAUCAAAGUUACAUCGCCCGCGUGGUCACCGGCUUUUCAGCACGUACACACCCAUGCACGGCUCUUUUAAAUGUUUUAAAAGUGACAGGGACACCAAAGUAAAUGAUUGUAAAAAAACCAGUAAAGUAGCUCUUGCAAAUUCAAAGCAAAGGACUGAUAGUGUGCAGGUUCGGUGCAUCGUCUUCGGUGCUGGAUUUCACAUAUUCCACUUCGAGUCCUUUGGCUAAAAUUGCUUUUAUUGCAGAUACCAAUAGAGGUGGAAAAAAAUGCCAGGGACAGCGAGGUACUCCACGCGAAACCGAGAAACGUGUCAUCGGCAGGACGACCACUGAGGAGAUAGAGGAUGAGCUGGUACGAGGGUCCCGGAAACCGAAGUGAGAUGAGGUUGCGAUCGACGAGGCGGUCCACCCCCGGUAAUGCUCGUUAACAUGCCAGCCUUCGGUCCCAUCACUCUCCGCCUUCUUCGAGAGCUGCUCGUCUUCUUUGCCCUACUGUCCAUGCCGCCCGCCAGUCACGGCCUGGAUCUCAGACAAUGCAAGGAGGCACUGGGUAUGGAGAGCGGCAAAAUACCGGACGAGGACAUCUCGGCGAGCUCGAUGUACGAUCCAACCCUCGGGCCAAAGCACGCCAGGCUGCGAAAGGACACGGGUGGAGGUGCCUGGUGUCCGAAGAACAUAGUCAAGGAGGGCGUGCGAGAGUACCUGGAGAUAAACUUGCGAACUCCGCGAGUGCUGACUUCGACACGCACCCAGGGCCGCUUCGGCAACGGCAAGGGCUUGGAGUACACCGAACAGUACUACAUCGAGUAUUGGCGGCCGGGGUUUACCGAGUGGCGCAGAUGGAAGGACCGACGAGGCGUAGACCUGCUGGUCGGGAACGACAAUCCACAGACGGAAAAGGAGCAGAUCUUCGAUCCGCCCAUCGUGGCGACCAAGGUCCGCUUCAACCCUUACACCGUGCACAUGCGCACGGUCUGCAUGCGCGUCGAGCUCUACGGCUGUCCCUGGACCGAGGGCCUGUACUCGUACUCGAUGCCCCAAGGCGUGCAACGAGGCUUCGAGCUGAAUCUGACCGACUGCACGUAUGACGGUGCUGAGGAGUCGGGCUUCCUUACUGGGGGACUGGGUCAGCUGGCCGACGGGCAGAAGGGACCCGACAACUUCAGGUUCGACAACGGCAAUGGUAAAGGAUACGAAUGGGUCGGCUGGAGAAACGAUACGCCAAAUAUCCUAGGACAAGCAAUAGAGAUAACUUUCGAGUUCGAUUACACGCGAAACUUUACGGCCAUGCAUCUUCAUACCAACAACUACUUUACCAAAGACGUCGAGGUGUUCAGUCGAGCGAAGGUUUACGUCAGCAACGACAACAGCCAAUUCAUCGGCGAGCCCGUGCAGUUCACGUACAUGCCGGACCACGCGCUUGAGCAGGCGCGCGACGUCACCAUAAAGCUUCACUCGCGCUCAGGCCGUUUCAUCAAGCUCCAGCUGUACUUUGCAUCGCACUGGAUCAUGAUCAGCGAGAUCGUCUUCGAUUCUGUUAUUUCGGAGUUGAAUAACAACACGGAGGAAAAGGAGGCGGUGAAAAGAAAAAACGCAACAACAGCUUCGACCACGGGGAUACCUUCUUUUCAGAAUAACGAGGGUCCUCUUCAAAAGGAUGAGGUGAAGGCAACCUUCAACAAAGACGAGGCGAACUACAGAACAUCCCCUGACAGGAGCAAGGAGCCCGAGUCGAGCAAACUAAUCGGCUUGGUGAUCGGAAUAUUAACCACCGUCAUCGUGUUGCUGCUCGGCGCCAUUGGACUGAUCUUCUACCGGAAUCGCCGGCUCAAAGCCGCCCUCGUGCCCACGACCUUUUACGAUCCGCAGGGCCACCUCAAGGUAACGGUGGAGAGUUGCGGCGCGGACAAGGGACCAAUUUGCCCGCCGCUUCCGCUGCAGUACCAUCCGAGCGCCUACGCCACCACUACGCCGCAACUACACAAAACUACGGCCGACUACGCACCUGUUUCGGAAGAGCACCCAGUAAUUCCACUACUACUCAACACGUCGGUAAAUCUCAGCCGGCCGACUCCGUCGUCACAGGACUACUCGACCAACGCACCACCCAUCCCACCUCCCCCAGAAAAAUAUUACGUCAGUCCAGAAAUCUGCAAGAGCCCAGCACUGCCACCAUUGCCCGCAUCGCCAAACCCGAGCUGCACACCACCGCCUCACAGCGGCAAAGCCUCAAGUAGUUUAAACAGCUACAGUCCGGAGGACAUGCUAACCGAGGAAGAGGAUGAGGAUGAGGCAACGGCGCGUCUUGACUGCGUGAUUUUCGACUUCCCGCGCGAGAAGCUCAGCAUAGCCGAGAGCUUAGGUUGCGGCAACUUUGGCGAUGUGCACAUAUGCGAGGUCGAUCAGUUUCCCGGCUACGAGGAGGUCUUCCGCAACACCACGACCGACCUAGUCGUCGUUAAAUCGCUCAAGCCCGGAUCGCCGGAACUGCUUAGGUUAGAGUUCAGAAAAGAAGCCAAAAAACUGGCAAGACUGAACGACCGGAACGUCGCUCGACUACUCGGCGCCAGCCUCGACGAUGACCCGAUGUGUGUCGUCCUGGAGAACGGCGAGUGCGGUGACCUGAAUCAGUACCUGCAAAGUCACGUGGCCGAGACGACCACUGUGCAAACGACGAAAACGUUGAGUUUCGGCACUCUGGUGUACAUGGCUACGCAAAUAGCAUCCGGCAUGAAGUACCUCGAGGAAAUGGACUUUGUGCAUCGGGAUCUGGCUACGAGGAAUUGUCUGGUGAGCAAGGGUUACACGGUGAAGAUUUUGGAUCUGGGCUCAGGGCGGAGUGCCUACCUAGCGGACUACUUCAAGACAGACGGCCGGUCGUUGCCGAUACGCUGGAUGGCCUGGGAGUCGAUGCUACUGGGCAACUACACGUCCAAGAGCGACGUGUGGGCGUUCGCCGUGACGUUCUGGGAGAUCCUGACAUUCGCACGCGAACAGCCGUUCGAAGAGCUGCCGGAUUACCGCAUCGUUGAAAACGCGACUUACUUCUACCAGCAGGACGAGAGGAGGAUGAUCCUGCCACUGCCGAAAAACUGCCCGAAGGAGAUGUACGACCUGAUGCGCGAGUGCUGGCAGCGCGACGAGCGCGACCGGCCGAACUUCCGGGAGAUCCAUCUGUUCCUGCAGCGAAAGAAUUUAGGGUACAAGCCCCAUCUGCAGCGCAGCUCGAGCACCAGUGCCAAUGACACCUGAUACAGAGAACUCGAAGGCUGGAACCUCAUCCGGCUUUCCAUGAUGGGCGAGCUCAACGGCAACUGGUGGGAGCCCUGCACCGGCGUCGUCGACAACACCCGCGCCAGCACCACCUCCACUUCCAAUUAUCAUUGAAUAAUCGGAUGGGUGUGUCUGUGUCGCGAUUGACUUUUUGUUUAUGUUUUGGAAAGGGAAGAAGGAGUUUUAAAAAGACAAGCAGCAGCUCGACAAUAACCGCGCGCUUCCCUCUCGGUGUAUCAAUGUGUAAAGGAAAAAAAAAAAAAAAAAAAAAAAAAAAAGAAAAAAGUAAUGUUCGUGUAUCCUUGAGUCGAUGUUCGAUAAACGCGCUCUUUUAACUCCGCCUGGGAGAGAAGUUAAGAUAAUGAUAAAAAAAAAAAAAAAGUAUAAGAGAGAAAGUUGUGGAUUAUUGUGCGGAAUCUUUCAAUACUUUUUUUCGUCUUUUUUUAUUUAUACGAGAAAAAAAUUAUCAUCAGAUUACUUGACAUCUCUAAAUUUAUUGAAUUUUGAUCAAUGCACUUGUAAAUUUUUCUUACCCAUUUAAACAUUUGUUUGUCAUUUAUUAUUCACCAUUUGUUGCGCUCUAAUUGAUUUUGUAAAAUGUUAAACGACCAUUUUCACGAAGGUAUAAAUAUAUAUUAUAUGUAAAAAAAAAAAAAUUACGUGACAAUUUGAUAAUUACUGUUAAAUAUAUCUAUGUUAGACACACGAAAAAUUUAUAAAAUGAUGAUAUCCAAUAUUAAUAAAUAAAAAGU